UGUCGCAGUUUGUAACUUCUGAAGAGAAAGGAAAUACAACUUUUGAAGAUAUCGCUACAAACUGACUUUGAAAGUAACCGUUUACUGUUUCCCAACUAACUCAACAGCCUGAAAUUGACCGAUACAGUAAACAUCUACAGGCAAGCCAUAAAAGACCGGAGAAUGAAAUUGUGACAUAUAACUGCUACUUAGAUCCCUACUUUGGAAGUUUUGUCUAAACCGGCCCCCAAAACUAAAACAAAGUAUAAAUCUUAAUGAAAUCUGCUUAGGGUUAAUAUUUCCAAUUUCUUAGCUUCUUUUGCUUUGUUUGGGUAACUUUAUGGUGCAUUAUUUAUCCUUAAACAGAGAAAAUUGCAUUUCUUUUCAGCCCAGUAGUUAGAAUAUUUUUUUCUCGGAUAUCAUGUUUUUAUUAACGGUCUGUUUACUCUCGCUUGUAAAACCAGUAUUUUCAAUCAAUCAGCCGGCUAGCCAAGCGAAAAACACUACAUGGCAUGAAGCGAACCGCCUGUUCCAACGUCUUCUGGACGAGAAGUAUUGUCGUGUUGCGAGGCCGAGGUACAACCAGUCGCAACCUGUUCGGGUUUUUGCUCAUGUGCGCCUGAGUGAAAUUGUAUCGAUUGAUAUUAAGACCCAAUUGAACUUCGGGAAGUACUUUGAAAAAAAGUACCGCUAUUUGACAGCCAAACACGUGGAACAACACACAGAGUGGGAACUUAUGUGUGCCACCCAAACAGCCACAAAUGUGCGACAUCGACUAGUGGAAGGGAAUUCAACAGAACUACACUUCAACUUUGUGUUCAAGAGAAGACCUAAAUACUACGAAUACACAGUUUUGUACCCGAUGAGUCUGAUCGCAUUCAUGGCCAUCUUCGCCUUCACUCUGCCCAAUGGGAGUGGGGAGAAGGUGACCUUCUCAGUGACAAUACUCCUCUCUCUAGUCUUCAACCUCUCCUCCAUCGGCGACUUCUUCCCAAGCAACGGAGACUACUUCCCCAUCGUGGGAAGUGUGUUCCUUCUAUGGAUAUUUCUAGUCGCCAUCUCCAUCAUCCAGAGCACCUUCAUCCUCUGGAUCUACUCGGCCCCUGAAAAUCCAGCUCCUGUUCCAGACAUUUUGCGCAAUUUUUUCAUGCACAAAGCGAUGAAGUUGAGCUCGUUGUCUAGUGAGAAGCGAGUAGUAAAGAGAAUAGAGAGGCUCCACAGGUCGAGUCAGGUCAUGUCAGACAGACUCAUGAGACACUCCUCCAAUCUUAGACACGAUCACGUGAUCAAAGCAACUGCCACAACAAGCGACUCGAAGCCUCUUAGAAUGAACCACAACAACGAUGAGCGCACAUGGCAGAUAAACAAGUCGGCCGACAUUGGGCUAGUAUUGGCCAAUCAGAUGGAGGCGAGCAUGUGUGACCUUGUGGCCUUCAUCCGAACGGGUGACGUCAGAGGGGCUAUCAGACUGGAGUGGCAGAUUGUGGGCAACAUUGUCGACAGAAUUGUGUUCGCAAUCUACACUGUUACUGUAAUAGGCAUUGCUUACUACUUGAUCUACUCCUCCAUCAGCCACGCCUACUAUGCCAACCCGGAAACAGACGAGAGAUGUCGUCAAGAUGAUGCCAUCUAUCAAUAACUGAAGUUACUA